CGCGUGGAGAGAGUCAUGGCUCGCCUGCUUCUGUCUUUGCCUUGGGGCCUACCCAUCCUUUUGGCUCGCUCAGGAGACCAACGCUGGAUGAACUCAAAACCGCCGAGGCCACUCACCACGCUGCACCAGCAGGAGAAUUCAAUUCGCCCGCUUUUACGAUUAGGAAAGACAAAUGUGCGAACGUAAAAGUCGGGCUUUUUUAAUCCAAGAUGCUUCCUUCCUCCAUGGUUGUCUUCGAUCAGAUGAAAAUGGAAAAGGUCAAUAAAUCAUCAAAGUUUAUCUUCAAUGAAGGUUUUCCAAAGAAAGGGAAAAGCAGCGCACAGAGCCCGCGCAGAGGAAUUCUUCCUCUUCGGUCAGAGAUUGUCAAGUUGGGGAAGAAUUGUUAUAAUCAGAAUUGAUUUCUCUGCAACGGCUUCCCUACCAAAGGAGCUGAAAGGGAAAAAAAAAAAGGCUCCCCAGAAUAUAACCCCACCAUUAGAAUUUAGAGCAGUCACGUAAAAGCAGGAAAAAAGGGUGGGGGGCCAAAAGAGAGGGCGAGAGAUGCAAUGGAUCUUCCCGCUCGUGCGUGCUGCUUUCCCAUUACAAGCUGUCACGGGUGGGAUGCACCACCUGUAUGAAGAAAAGGAGAAAGAGGGAAGGAAGGAAAAUGCUCAAAAAGAGAACCAAAAUGUUCAUGAGAUUCCCUCCUAACCAUUAUGCUCCAGCGUACAAUUAGAAGAAGAAGAAGAAGCCAUAUUCUUCAUCGGGAGAGGAAUCCAUCUUCCCAGAAUUUUCAAUAGGUGCAACCAUUUGUCCCACAUACCAAUGUAGGCACCUCUUUUUGGGCUCUUUGAGCAGAGAGCCCUAGAGAGAGAGAGAGAGAGAGAGAGAGAGGGUAAAAAAAGGGAAAGAUGGUUUCUUGUUUCUGGGGAUUCAGACAGAAAAGGAAGACAGUUGAGAGACCUCGUCCUCUUACUCUGCCCCUGGACAGGAGCACGAGCAGUAUUGCACCAGGACAGGAUAGGCUGGACAGUCUCAAGUCCUGGUCGGUGCUACUCGAUUGCCAAAUUAGUGGCCACGGUAGUGGUGAAGUCAAAGAAGAAACAGAAGGGGCUAUUGCUGGUGGCGCGCAACCUGAAUGGGUGGCCGACAUGUCGGAGUUGUUCAUCGGCAACAGGUUCGCUUCUGGCUCCAACAGCAGGAUUUACAGAGGGAUAUACAAGCAGCGGGCCGUGGCCGUGAAGAUGGUGAGGGUGCCUGAUAACGAAGAUGGCUCUCGACCGCUCAUCGACAGCCAAUUCAAUUCGGAAGUCGCUUUGCUUUCGCGCCUUCGCCAUCCUAAUGUGAUCGAGUUUAUUGCUGCAUACAGAAAACCUCCUGUAUACUGUAUAAUCACUGAAUAUAUGUCUCAAGGAACGCUCAGGAUGUAUCUUCACAAGAAGGAGCCUUAUUCUUUAUCAAACAAGAUGAUUCUGAAGUUUGCUCUUGACAUUUCUAGAGGGAUGCAAUAUCUUCAUGCACAAGGGAUUGUACACCGGGAUCUCAAGUCCAAUAACUUGCUGCUGAAUGAUGAAUUGACAGUUAAGGUUGUUGAUUUUGGUAUCUCAUGCUUAGAUACUCAAUGCCAUGCAACAAAGGGAUUCAUGGGGACAUACCGGUGGAUGGCACCUGAAAUGAUCAGGGGAAAGACAUAUACCAAGAAAGUGGAUGUUUACAGCUUUGGAAUUGUCCUUUGGGAACUCUUAACAGCUCUUGUUCCAUUUCAAGGGAUGACUCCUGUGCAGGCUGCUUUUGCUGUAUCAGAAAAGAAUGAACGACCACAUAUACCAGAUGCCUGCUCUCCGGAGAUUUCAAACCUCAUAAGGCAGUGCUGGACGGCAGAUCCAGCAAAGAGACCAGAUUUCGAUUUCAUUGUUGCACUGCUGGAGCAGUAUGAGGAACAUCAUAGUAAUGACGUGCCACUCAUUCCACAGCUGCAGUCGAGCAAGAGACUGUAGCAUCUGCUGAUACCUCCAAAAGACCGCUUUUCAACAUGACCGUCCAUUUCUAUCCAAGCCAUAUUGUGCAAGCUAACGAGUAAUUGCAGUACUGACUACUAUUCCAGUCGCAAUUCCCCAAGUCCAUUGUCUUGUUUUCUAAUUGUAUAUAACAAAUGAAGUGAUUUGAUGGCUCUGCUUGUUAAGAUCAUAUAAAACCACGAAAGUUAUUUGCGUCUGAAAUGCAAGACUAAGCACUUCUA